CUUAAAGAGUGUGUUUGUCUAGUUAAGUAAGUACCAAUUUUCUCUAGCUGGUAGGCCCACCGUACGUCAAAUAAAACACCCCCAAAUUUAUCAUUCAUCAUUAACAAUCAUCAUUACAUCACUUCAAUUUCGAUAUAUCCAGUAGCAAUUAGGGUUUUUUUUUUUCUUUUUAAUUUAUAUAUUAAUAUAACUUUUUUUUUUCGAGCCCUAAAUAUGUGCAAAAAAGAAGGGCGUGGAAAGUGUAAUCAAAGUUAGAUUCUUUCGACGAAUGGAGCGAGGGAUAAUCGAUGGAUAUUGAUGACAAUGAUGCUCAAGACCAAAAUCUUCACUUAACUGGGGAAGGUAGCUCCAAAGUAUCUCCCAUAUUGCAUCCAUAUGCUCUUCCAAAAUUUGAGUUUGAUGAUAGCCUACAUGGACAUUUAAGAUUUGAUAGUCUGGUUGAUAACGAAGUUUUUCUUGGCAUCACAAGUCAGGAAGACAAUCAGUGGAUCGAGGAGUAUUCACGUGAAACUAGUUCAAUACAGUUUAGCUCAAGCGUGGUGGAAUCAACACACAAAAAUGUGUGGUCUGAAGCAACAUCUUUAGAAUCUGUUGAAAUGCUCUUGAAAUCAGUUGGACAGGAAGAGAAAGUUGUGGAAGAUACAUCAAUAGAAGAAUUAGAUGUCUGUGAUAGGUGUGACAGCGUAAAUAAUAUUAUGGAUUCUACCUUACAGGAGAAUCUUGUUGAGCCAAAAGUGAGUUCAGGUUGCGAGCAAUCUCAUGCUUUGGAAUCUCGGUAUGAAGAAAUUAAAAUUUCUAUCGGUGAGUUAGAUUCAGUAGUUAGUGGUGAGCAAAAAACUGAUAAGAUAUGCGAUGAUGUACAUCAAGAGGCCAUUAAAUUAGCAAGUGAAUCAUCUGUCAAUGAAUUGCAAGAAGAUCCUUCUUUCUCCAAGGUAGAAUGUGCAAAUGCAGGCUCCUCAUGGAAUUUGGAUGCAAGUGCUAAGAAGAGUCAGGAGGAUUUGCCAAUUCCUGAAACAAGCUCUGAAAAUGCUAGACAUUUAAAGAACUUUGAAUGUAGCAAGCCUGAUCAUAUUAUAAAGAACAAAGAGAAUAACAUUGACAAUUCAAUCAAUUGUGACACUGUUGUUGAAAUUGGUACAUUUAGCAUGGAAAAGUUCUCAGCUGCUUCAAAUGUUGAAUGUGUGGAUAAGCAACCAGUUGAAGGUAGUACUAUAUGUAAGGAACCUACAGUUUCAUUACCAUUAGAGAGCUGUAGUAUGCAGAUAGAUGAAGAUUGUAAUGCACACAUAGGCUCAGCUGAACAGUCUGAGUGUAGCAACUCUGCGGUAUCUGAUUCUCAGAUCUGCUCAAAAGUCGACCACGAAAUUAUUGAUAACAUGCACGGGGUACCACUUGGAGUUUUCUCAAAUAGUACAUGUGUUGAAACGCAAGCAAUUGAGGAUGCUGAUAUGAAAUCAGAGGUGUCUGAAUUUUCAAAUUGUAAUGUGGGUUCCCCGUCUAAUUUGGCUCAUUUGCAUAGCCACUCCGUUGAGGAAACUGAAAAUGAUGUUGGAGGUAAUGACAAAUCUGAGUUGGGAGAAUCAAUUGCAAUUUUAUCAAAUAGUGGAUGUGUCGCUACAGAAGCUACUGAGGACGUCGAUAUGAAGUUGGAGGUUUCUGAUUUUCCAAAAUUUGAAGUGGAUUCUCUGUCUAACCCGUCUCAUUUGCAUAGUCUUGCUGUGGAGGAAAUAGAAAGUGGCGUUGGAAGUUAUGGCAAAUCUGAGAUGGGAGAGGCACUUGCAGUUUCACUAAAUAGUGGAUGUGUCGCAACACAAGCUACUCAGGACAUCGAUACGAAAUUAGAGGUUUUUGAUUUUCCAAAUUAUACUCCUGUUGUGGAAACAGAAAAUGGCGUUGGAAGUGACGGCAAAUCUGAGAGGGGGGAAGCACUUGCAACUCCUCCAAGCAGUGGAUGUGUUGCCACACAAGCAACUGAGGAUGUCGAUACAAAGUCAAAUAUAUCCGAUUUCCAUAAAUCUAACGUGGGUUCUGUGUCCAGUUCGUCUCAUUUGCAUAGUCAUACUGUUAAGGAAACAGAAAAUGGUGCUGGAAGUGCUGGCAUAUCUGAAGUUGGGGAAGCACUAGCAGCUUCACCAAAAAAUGGAUCUGUUACAACACAAGCAACUGAGGAUGUGAAUACUAAGUCAGAGAUUUCUGAUUAUGAAAAAUUUAAUGUGGGUUCUGUGUCUAAUCCGUCUCAUUUGCAUAGUCAUACUGUUGAGGAAACAGAUAAUGGUGCUGAAAGUGCUGGCAUAUUUAAGACGGGAGAAGCGCUUGCAGUUUCCCCAAAUAGUGGAUGUGUCACUAAGCAAACAAUUAAGGAUGCCGAUACAAAGCCAGAGGUUUUUGAUUUUCCAAAAGAUAGUGUAGGUUCUUUGUCUAGUAUGAUUCAUUUGCGUAGUUCUGUCAAGGAAGCAGAAAAUGAUGUUGGAAUUGAUGGUAAAUCUGAGAUUGGAGAAGGAAGUGAGAUUGAUGAUAUUGGUAAAACUUUAUUAACUUCAGACUCUUUAGCUGAAAUGCCUGCUCAAGAUAUCUCAAAUAAGCCUGAAAUAUCUGGCAAUAAUGCUGUGAAAGCUCACACAGCCGAGAUAAUUGUUGAUAGCCAAAUAAUACAGGAUGAUGAUGCAACUCAACUAUCGGAGUCAAUUGCUAUCACUAAGGGUCAAGCAACAAAUUUUAGUCAGAGACAAGAUGAAGAAUCGGUUUUGGAUUUUAGAGAUAUGGACAUGAAUGUCGUUGGAACUCCUGAUAGGCAGAAAGUUGUUGAACCAUCUUUGUCUUUUGAAGGCUAUGAAGGGGAUAUUGCAAUGGGUCAAGGAUCCAAAUCUAUUACUACCGUUUUAACAGAUGCAGCUAAUACCGUGGAAUCAAGUAAAAUAUCAUCUCCUGACACAACAGAUGGUGCGCAAUUACCUUCUGGGACUGUUUCCGCAGUUAAUGUUAGCGAAGGUCAGUCAAGAUCACCACCUAUACCUGGACUGAGUUUAUUGCACGGUCGUAAUGAAGCGCGGUGCUCCCAGAUAGGGAUCACAGUUGUUGAUAUUAAAGUAGAUUGUGAUGCAGCUGCUGCUGUGGAAUCGAGUAAAAUAUCAUCUCCCGACACCACGGAUGGUGCGCAUUUACCUUCUACGACUGUUUCCGCAGCUGAUGUUAGAGAAGAUCAGUCAAAAUCACUAACUAUUACUGGGCUGAGUUUAUUGCACAGUGGUAACAAAGCGGGGAGUUCCCAGAUAGGGACAACAGUUGAUAUUAAAGUAGAUUGUGAUGCAGCUGCUGCUGUUGAAUCAAGUAAAAUAUCAUCUCCAGACACAACGGAUGGUGCGCAAUUACCUUCUGGAACUGUUUCCGCAGCUGAUGUUAGCAAAGAUCAGUCAAUAUCACCACCUGUACCUGGGUUGAGUUUAUUGCAGAGUGGUAAUGAAGUGGGGAGUUCCCAGAUAGGGACCACAAUUGUUGAUAAAAAAGUAGAUUGUGAUGCAGCUGCUAAUGUGGAAUCAAGUAAAAAUUCAUCUCCCGGCAUAACGGAUGGUGCGCAAUUACUUUAUGAGACUGUUUCUGCAGCUGAUAGUGAAUAUCAGUCAAGAUCACCACCUAUACCUGGGCCGAGUUUAUUGCACAGUGGUAAUGAAUUGGGGAUUUUCCAGAUAGGGACCACAGUUGUCGAUAUUAAAUUAGAUUGUGAAUUGGAUUGUCCAAUUCCAGCAGUUGAAAUGGACGACACUUCUGAUGGAGCCGAAAAAGUUGUAGAUGAGCUGGCUGUUCACUGUGAUCCUUUUGUUGGAAACUUAAAUGCUAGCCCAAGUGAACAAACAGUAGAGGAUAACCUAGGUGGUCCCAGGUGCUCCAAGAACUUGGAGACAAUUGCUCUCCCUUUUAAUUUAACAGCAAAAGGUGACCAUAAUGCUGAGGCAGAUCGUCUAGUGGUCCCUCAGGAAUCAAGUACAGGAGAAGAUGGCGUGGAGCCUUUAAAUUUAGCAGUUAAUACUUCGAGUGAGCAACAGACUUCUGUUGAAUUAGCUGCUCCACCUGAGAUCGCCAUUAAUCAUGAGGUGCAUAAUAGAGAUGGUGCUGCUGUUUCGGAUAAUCCUGAAGAUUUCUCUGUGUUACAGACAAAAAAUGUUGAACUUUCUGAAAGUGUAGGAGUUGUGCAAGAGGCCACCAAAGGCAACAUGUAUGAGAAUUCCCCACUUUCAACGGUGAGUAAAGACGAUGGGGGCCUUCAGCCUGUUUCUUCUGUCAGUGAGACAAAAGAAGUGACAUUUUUUACUUUUGAUGUAAUUGCAAGUGAUGGUCAAAAUCUUAGCUUGUUAAAGAAUACAAAGGUAUCGUCUGCUAGUUCUUAUGGUAGCCAAUUGGAUCCUAUCAAGUUGCCUGAAGGUAUUCUUGCCGGUUCUCAACUGCCUGGUGUUGCUGCCAGUGAAGCUGGAGCCAAAUUGGUUUCUAAGCGUAAACCAAGGAGACAAUCAGCUGGGAGAGAAUCUGCCAAGAAAGGGAACGAGCUGAAGCAAACCACUUCCAUAAGGCGUUCACAGAAAGGGGAAAAGACACCAGCAUUGAUAAACCUUCCUGCAAGUGGACAUGUCACCCCCCCAGCCAAAGAUUUGAAGUCUAGUGAGAGCAUUGAGUGCAGCAAUCCAAAGCCAGGUGCUGGUCAGCCCAUCUCUACACCAAAUCUGCCUGACCUGAAUAGUUCAACCCAUCUAUUGCAGCAGUCAUUUACUGACAAUCAACAAUUGCAAUUGCGAGCACAAAUUUUUGUAUAUGGAUCAUUAAUUUCUGGAGUGCCACCUGAAGAGCCUCAUAUGAUUGCUGCAUUCGGGCAAUCUGAUGGUGGGAGGACUCUGUGGGAGGGUGCUUGGCAUGCAUGUCUAGAAAGGAUACAUCGCCAAAAGUCCAAAGCCAACAACCUUGGUACCCCUACACAAUCACGAUCGGUUUCAGGAAACAGAGAUUCUGAAGAAGGAAUAAAAGUUGGUUCUGUCCAAAGCAAAGUUAUUUCUUCACCAAUCGUUGGUCCUAUGAUUCCCGUUUCAUCCCCUCUUUGGAAUGUUUCUACCCCGUAUGAUGGUUCGCAGUCGAAAGCAAUGCCAAGAAGUCAUUUUCUUGAUUAUCGCCCUGCACUUUCUCCGCUACAUCCUUGCCAGUCUCCACAUGUGCAAAGUAUUGUUGGACAUAAUCCAUCCUGGCCAUCUCAGGGCCCACUCUCUGGUCAAUGGGUUUCUUCAUCACCCGUUACUCCUUUUGGUGCCCGUUUAUCUGCCUUGCCUAUAACAGAGUCUGUAAAAUUAACCACUGUCAAAGAAUCAGGUGUUCCAGGUAAUCCGAUCCCUGUGGACCCCAGUGCUGGUUCAACUGUUUCUUCUGGGCCGUCUUCUGUAGCCAACGUGAAGAAGGCGAUGGUGUCAUCAGGUCAGCCUUCAAGUGAUUUAAAAAGUCGGAAGAGGAAAAAGGUUUCAACUAGUCAAGCAGAGAUUGCACCACUAUCUGCACCUGUGACUCAUUUGUCGUGGGCCCCUCGUACAGAAGGCUACAACCAAAUCUCGUUUGUUGCUCAAACUCAGGCAAAUUCAGGGACUCCUCUGGCUACUAAUCAUUCUUCAACAUUAGCUUCCUUAUCAACACCUCUACCCAUCAUAUCUAAAAGCAAUCAUGGUGAACUCAGUCGUGGUGACCAGAACAUGGAGAAGAUUGUGACAACAAAGGAUAUUGAAAGCAAAAUUGAGGAGUCCAAAGUACAAGCAGUAGAUGCAGCUGUACAUGCUACAGCUGCAGUUAGUCACUGCCAAAGUUUAUGGAGUCAGCUGGAAACACAAAAGAGUUCUGGUUUGGUUUCAGAUGAUGAAGCAAAGCUAGCGUCUUCAGCCGUCUCGAUAGCAGCUGCUUCAUCUGUUGCUAAAGUGGCAGCAGCUGCGGCCAAAAUUGCAUCAAAUGUGGCAGAACAGGCAAAGUUAAUGGCUGAGGAAGUAUUCCGAUCAAGUAGGACUGAAAGCAACAUAAUUUUACAUGAUAAAGCUAAUACAGUCAUCUCCGCUGCCAGAGAAGCUGCUCGUCGAAGAAUUGAAGCUGCUUCUGCUGCUUCAAAACAUGCUGAAAACUUGGAUGCCAUUGUAAAAGCUGCUGAGCUGGCUGCAGAAGCUGUGUCACAAGCUGGGACAAUUGUUUCGAUGGGUAAUCCCUUGACUAUAAGAGAGUUGGUUGAAGCUGGUCCUGAGGGUUACUGGAAGACUCAGUUAUCUAAUCAGCAGGGUUAUAUUGAUAAACAGAGGGUUAAAACUGCUGCUAACGGCAAAGAGUUUCAGACUUUCAAACACGGUGUAUCACUGCAAGAGGGUCCUGGUGACAUAGCCAAGAAGCAGAUGAUUUUGAUCGAUGGCAUUUCAGGUUCAAGUACUAGCAUUGAAAAUGGAAAAAGUGUAGUAAGUGGUCAUAAAGGUCCUGACUUGUCCAAAAUGGUUGAGGUAAUUUCUGGAUCAGAGUUUGCAUCUGGUAGCACUUAUGAUGUUGACCACAACAUUCCUCAAGGUACAUCAGGGACUUUGAAAGAGAACAUUAUCAGAGAAGGCUGCUUUGUUGAGGUUUAUAAAGAUGACGACAAGAUCAAAGGUGCCUGGUUCGCAGCAAAUGUACUUACUCUGAAGGAUGGAAAAGCAUUUGUCUGUUACACUGAAAUCAAAUCCGAUGAUGGGUCAGGAACAUUGAAGGAGUGGGUUCCACUUGAAGCUGAAGCCAGUGAGGCACCCAGGAUACGCAUUGCGCAUCCCAUGACAACACUGAGGGUCGAACGCACUAGAAAAAGAGGUAGAACAGCCAUUACAGAUUAUGCCUGGUGUAGCGGGGAUCGAGUUGAUGUGUGGUUACAAGAUCGCUGGUGCGAAGCAGUUGUCGUGGAGACAAAUAGGAUUGAUUUAACUUCUCUAACUGUUCGAUUUCCUGCUCAAGAAAAGAUGUCGGUUGUUAGGUCGUGGCAUGUCAGGCCAACUCUUAUCUGGAAGGAUUUCAAAUGGAUUGAGUGGUCUAGUUUGAAAGGAGGGCGUUCUUCUGAGGGUGAAACACCGCAUGAAAAGCGACAAAAGUUUGGUGAUCAUAUUUUGGAAAGUAAAGAAAAAGGUAAAGAGUCGAGUAUCGUUAUCGAUCUUGUUGAGGCAGGGAGACAUCAAGAUGCAAGUGUACUCCCUUCAUCUGUUCAAGGAAGUUCAUUUGAUAUAGGUAAAAGCUCUAAGAAUGAAAAUAAUCUUAACACUCAUCGAACAAUGAAGAGCAGUAUACAGAAGGACAGGUCGAGAGUGGUGUUUGGUGUUCCUAAGCCGGGGAAGAAACAAAAAUUCAUGGAUGUGAGCACACAUUAUGUGCCAAAUUAUUCAGUCAAGCCUGCAAGUCAUAUGAUGUCCCGUGGGUCCAAAGAUGAUUCUAAAAAUGAUGCCAAGGAAAAGCAAGUUGCUGAAGUAAAAUCCAAAAGAAAACCACCAAUUCCGUCAGUUAGACCUUUAGCUCAAAAGGAUAAAUCUAAAACCUCCAAACACAUGUCACGUGAUGCUAUUUUGACUGAUAAAGUUGUCAAGGAUUCUCUCCGAGUUGAUGAAAACUUGUUGGGUCACCAAAACCAGGUGGAUUUUGUCCCUUCGUCUGAUACUGAGGAUGGAAGAGCAACUUCAACUUCAAAGGCAUCUCAGCGAUUGAACAAAAGAAAGAUUGCACCAGGUGACAGGAAGGAAAAUAAAGUAGAAGUGAGAGAUAUAUCAACUUCCGAACUGGAGCCACGUAGAUCAAAUCGUAGAAUUCAGCCAACUUCAAGGCUAUUAGAAGGAUUACAAAGCUCGCUGUCUGUCUCAAAGAUACCUAGUGUUUCACAUGCAAGUCAACGAAGCCACAAGGUUACAUCAAAAGCAGGGAGUACGGAUCCUCGCUGAUAAGAAUGUUUCUAAGCAGAUGGAAUUGAGUCCAGUUUCAUUGUUGUCUCUAUUAAGCAGAGAUUAUAGAACUAGGAACGGUUGCCAUAAGCCUCCAUAACUUACCACACCUAGUAGAAGAUGGUAUCAAGUCCAAUUUCAGUGUUGUCUCUAAUUAAACAGAGAUUAUAGAACUAGGAACGGUUGCCAUAAGCCUUCAGAUAUCAAUUUUUUUCUUUUUGCUUCUUUUGGUCUAUGUAUAUGGUCUUUUCUAUGGUUACACUAUCAUGAUUGUGGUAAAUUGCUUUAGACGAUUACCAUGAGAUUAUUGUGUACUUUUGGAUGGAUACAUGAUCAUAUUCUAGCCUACUGUCUUAUCCACAA